UGGACAAGACUGAGGACAAGCAAAGUGAAGGGAAGAUGUCUUCGCUCACUAAGUCGCUGAGCUGGUCAGCUGGGAGAAUAGCUGCAGCCUGUGCAGUGCGGCGGCACUCCUCUUUGACAGCUGAGCUGAUUGAAAACAUGGAUAAGAAAGCAACCUGGGACCGCUUCUACACUGAGAACAGCAGCAGAACAAGCACCUUCAAAAACUUUGAGUGGUUCUUUGGAUUCGAUGCUGUCCGGGACUUCAUUAUACCCCUCUUACAGUCCAAGCCCCACCCAGAUGGUCUGCUCCAGGUCCUGGAUAUGGGCUGUGGCACUUCUGCUUUAGGGCCCUGUAUUUACAGACACUCUCCUCUCCCGGUCCGGGUCACUUGUGCAGACAUUUCCCCCAUAGCCGUGCGACUAAUGCAGGAACAAGUCCAAACCAAAGCCCUUCGAGCUCACAGUUUUUCCUCUCAGCUGGAGUUCGUAGAGCUGGACUGCACACAGCUCCACACACGCUAUGGCUGUCGCAGUGUGGACCUUAUAGUGGAUAAGGGCACCACAGAUGCCUUGUUGAGGUCUAAGGAAGGGAAACGGAAGGCCAGUCUGGUGCUGCAGCAGUGUUUGAAGGUGUUGCGGAGCUCAGGGUCUCUGCUCCAGUUCUCUGAUGAAGACCCUGACGCCAGGCUGCUGUGGCUAGAGACUGAGGCACAGGAGCCAGGGGUGAUGGCAGCAGAUGUUGGGGUGCAGGAGGUUGGGGAGCUACGGGGAAUGACUUACUACUGCUACCAAGUUACUCCUCGCUCUAUUGUAUAGAAACGUUCUUGGUUGUUAUAAUAUUUAACGAGUAAAUUACUGAAAAUGAUUGUAAAAAAGGGUCAUUUAUAAAGCACAGACAGAGAUAACUUGAAAAGUCGCAGCACAGCAGUGGGACUUCUUAACCAAACUGGACCUCCACAGUCCGAAACUGAGAGAGAUCCAGCCCGAAUCAGACAGCAGAGACAACAAGAGAUUCAUUAGUUUUAAAGUAACCGGAAAGGGGAAAAAAAAAACUCCUUUAUGAUAUUAUAAAAGCUUCAAUUUGUGUGUGUUAGAAUUAUUUUCGCAGAGCUGGCAAUACGGCGAGCUUAAUAAAGUUGGUGUCCUAA